GUAAUUGUGGUGAUUUUAGUUUUCGUAUUUUUACCUUCGAUUUGUUGGGUGUACUGGAUUAUGAAAAGGAAAUCAGACAGACUUUUAGCUUCCUUAAACGCCGCGACAAACGAAAGUACAAGAUCAUUGGAAAGUUCUUGCGAUGAUAUAGUGUCUUUACAAUAUGACGAUAAAUUGUGCUCCAAAAAACGGGAGAAAGAAUACAUCAUAGCCAUUGGGAAGGAUAGGUAUCCUAAUGAUCCUAAAGCGAAGAAAAAUGGAAUUAUAAAAAUUUUUAAAGCUUUCGCCAAAUCCCCAAAAAGCGAUAAAAUAGAAUCCGAUAAUUCGGAAUACACAUGUGAAAUGGUGACCGAGUUUCAGUAUGAAAAUUAUCUUGAUUGGAAGGAUACGGAUAUUAUUAAGGAAAUUUUAAAAAGACCUAAGCAUUCUUCAAGAAAGAAGAAAUAGUUUUUUUUUAAUUUUGUGAUGA